CAACCACGGAAGCACAACCUAGUGGCGUUGCGCGGCGGUGUCCGGCUCGCAACGACGUCUCUUUCUUGUCCCUUUCCACCACGUAACUUCCGGCCAGUGCCUGGCCAUUUCGCUCAUUUUCUUCGAUUUUCACGCCGCAUAUCGAACCCUAUUCCAUCGCUUCGCGAGCCCCCCUCGUUGAACCGAACAGGGCAGACCUCAGACACGGCCGCUAGUAACGAGACAGGAGGCAAAGGUUGUUGGGAUCCCCGUCCGUCCCAACGCAUCGCAUCGCACUCGCCGCCAUCCAUGGCCUCUGCGUCGAGCAAGGUCGGCGGCCUGACCGCCGCGGUGCGCAUCCUCACGCCGCUGGCCGUCGGGUCCGCCGGCUACGCGGCGUAUCGCAUCAACUGGGCCGUGGCGGUCCGCAAGUUCCUGAUAGGGCCGGGUCGGACCUCGCGCGUCCUGCUGCUGCUCUUUGUGGUGUUUAACUGGAAGAACCUGCCCUUUGCGUGGACUUAUCGUGUCUUCUACGCAAUCCUGUACCACAACGUCCUGCGCAAGUCGCCCGCCCUCACGCCCCGCGCGCUCUUCAAGCCGCUCAUCUCCGAGACGCGCACCCCCCUCCUCGAGAUCGACUACAACCUGCACAAGUCCAACUCGACCUACUUCACCGACCUCGACAUCUCGCGCACGCACCUCGUCGGGUACCUCUGCCGGCCCGCCCUGCGCAAGCUGGCGCACAACCCGCAGACGCGCCUCAUCGAGGACCCGCGCACGGGUAAGCCCGCCAAGGGCUCCCUCGGCAUCCUGCUCGGCGCCGUGGGCUGCAGCUUCAAGCGCGAAAUCGCCGCCUACAAGGGCUACGAGCUCUGGAGCCGCGUGCUCAGCUGGGACCGCAAGUGGAUGUACAUCAUCACGCACUUUGUGCCCAAGGGCGCGGCGCGCCCGACCGAGUGGCUGGACCCGCGGUUCGGCAAGGUCCGCACGCGCGGGUCGGGCGACGCCAUGGGCGGGUGGGAGACCAAGAUCCACGCCACGGCCGUGAGCAAGUACGUCUUCAAGCUGGGGCGCAUCACCGUCCAUCCGGCUGUUGUGCUCGAGGAGUCGGGCCUGCUGCCCCCGCGACCGGACGGCGGCUGGACGAGCGGCGAGGCCCAGCUCGGCGACGAGGGCGCCGACGUGGCCGGCGUGGACUUGGCCAAGGAAGGCGAAUGGGACUGGCGUCGCGUCGAGGCCCAGCGCAGGCGUGGCAUGGAGCUCGCCGGUCAGUUCCAGGGUCUGGAUGAGAGCCACGCUCUCUUCACAGGCGGCAGCAGUGGUGCUCUGGGCGCAUUCGGGCCUUGCUAAGAAAGUGGCCACCGAGUGGUUUGAUACAACAGCGGUUGCGACCGUACGGCAGGGUGCAACUAAUUCUAGAAGCGCAACAAGACACGAGUCGGAACAUCCGCGCCAUUUUGAUUGGGUAUAGACAAGCUCAUAGACAAUAGAUAGAAGAGAAAGCAUGAAGAGAGUGCGCCGCGCCAAUUGUACAGAGUAAAUUCGAACAC